CUUCUCUCACCAUGAAGAGAAAGAGUGUCUCAGAGGUGAAGACUGCAGCCCCAGUUAAUGAAGCCUUACCUUCACCAAAUCCUGAUCAGACACCAAACCAGCUCUCUGAAAAGAAGCGAAGAAUUCCAACCACAUCUUUGCCAACCUGGUACAAGGAACCAGUGAUCUUCAAAGAUGUAGCUGUGUACUUCAGCCAGAAAGAGUGGCAGCUACUGGAGCCUGCUCAGAAGGACCUGUACAAGGAUGUGAUGCUGGAGAACUACGGGAACCUGAUCUCUGUGGAAUAUUAUAUUUUUAAGCCAAAGUUGAUCACCAGAUUGGAGCAAGGAGUUGACCUUUUUGCCAAAGAGAAUGAUGUUCCUGGAGACCCCCAGCAAGGUGAGGCAGGAGUCAGCAGAAGUGACACCUCUGCAGGGAAGAAGACAGGGAAUAAUUCCACAAAGGCAGAAACCCGGAAGCCAGAUAACUCUAAGAAGGUGUCACAGGAGAAGCCGAAGAAGGCAGAUCAAGGGGGUGGUUCCCAGAAUUUGAGAGCAGAAAAGACCUCAAAAAGUGAUGACAGGCCAUCUCAAAAUAAGAAGUGUGACUCAACUUCGACUACAGAAGCAGGCAAAACCACCAAUGCUGGCAAUCAGGAGAAUGAAUCUGCAGCCCCGGGGACAUCUUCGAGUCAAACACCAUCAACUACAGCACCACAGAGCGCUCCUCCAGAAAAGUCGACAUCAGGGAAAGAUGGUCAAGGAAAACCACCGAACACCAGCAGUUCCACAAACCCAAAGCGCAAGCCUGCCCGACAAGGUAAAAACCACUUUAAAUGCAAGGAAUGCGGGAAAACCUUCAACCAGACCCUCCACCUCGUGGAACAUGAGCGAAUCCACACGGGAGAGAAACCCCACAAGUGCGACACGUGCGGCAAAUCUUUCCGGCACCUCUCAUACUUCCUCACACACUACCGAAUUCACACGGGCGUGAGACCAUACAAGUGUAAGGAGUGUGGGAAAGCCUUCAACAGCAGCUCCACUCUCAACAAUCAUUGCAGAAUCCACUCAGGCGAGAAACCCUUCAAAUGCGAUGAGUGUGGGAAAACCUUCAAGCAGAGCACGAAGCUCACCCGUCACCAACGGAUUCACACCGGGGAGAAACCCUACAAGUGUGGAGAGUGUAACAAGUGCUUUGGCCGCAGCUCGUCCCUGAGGGAGCACAAGAGGAUUCAUACCGGAGAGAAGCCGUACCGCUGUCAGGUCUGUGGGAAAACCUUCAGGGUCAACUCACAUCUUUCAGAGCAUCAGCGGCUCCAUUUAAAGGUGAAGCCCUACAAGUGUGAUAAGUGCGGGAAGCACUUCCGAAACAGCUCGUACUUGACGGAACACAAGCAGAUCCAUGUGCCCGGGGCCCGAGUGGACUGCCCAGAAUGUGGGAAAGUCUUUGCUUGCAAAGUAGCCCUUCUCAAGCACCAGAAGAGACACGAGGCGAACUCCAGGUAUCGGUGCAAGGGAUGUGGAAAGACUUUUAGGUGUAAGUCAAGCAUCCAAAGACACGAGAGGCUGCACGCUGGGGAGAAACCUUUUGUGUGCACUAAGUGUGACAAAGGUUUCACUGACAAAACUACACUGAAUAAUCACUUGAAAAUCCACUCUGGAGAUAGGCCGGAUCCAUGCGCCCAGUGCGGGAGAACCUUUAAAAAACUGGCUACCCUGCUGAUUCACCAGAAAAAGCAUAAUAAGAAGAAACCCACAGAUGAAUAAAAGACCUUUCACUAGAACUCACAUUUGGGUCUUUGGGACAAAGUUAAGAGAAACAAUAUACAUGUACAGUUCCUCCAUUUCUUAGUAGUUGUUUUUAAGUAAGCCGGUAGUUUUCUAGAAAUGACUGUUUUUAACCCUUUCCCCUACUUGGAGCAUUUGUGCAAUAUAAACAAACAUUUUGCUGUUGUUACUAUUCCAACAGACAGGUACUACCAUCAACUGCAUCUGUGGAUAGAGGCAAAGGAUCCACAAAUAUCCCACAAUGUACUAAACAGACUCCCUUGCCUUCCAGCAACUAAGGAAAAUGUGGCUGGCAUUCAGAUUUGAGAUGAAAUUCAGGUAGAGUUUUCUCUGCCAGCCACCACAGUAACCACUAAUGAGGUAUGGCCAUUUAAAUAUCAA